UCGUGCACUCAACUUCCACACCAUGUCUAUUAUAGACACCUAUUUUCAGUUAUUACAAUUUUCUUUUCUCUCGCGUUCAAACUAUUAGGACGGACUCUGAAAACGACGUCGUGUUCGUUUCUUACGUAGUCAAUGGACGAGAAGACACCACAAACGCCGACGCCGUGUAAGACUCCCUCAACAGGGAGGAAGAAACCCCUGAGCGAGCAGAAGAGGAGUCCCUGGUUGCCAGAUUGUCAAAUUCCCCGAGAUCCCCGAGUUAUUCGAGCUAAUUUGAACACGCAAGAGGGAAUUACUACACCAGCUCUCAUUAUGAAACCAUAUACUGUUAUCGCUGGAACGUAUUUUUAGUUAAAAUUAUGGAACGAAGGAGCUGAAAGAGAGUUUAGAGAGUUGCUUAGUAUCUGGCAACCCUGAUGAAGACGAAGUAGCAGCUCUGUGUUGUCUGGCAUUCAUGAGCAUGCCAACGAAAAAAACCCCGGACUUGCCCAGCAGCUGAAGGAGCAUAUGAGGGUUUACAAACAGAGCCUUAUAUGCACGAAUAUGUCACGUAUCUUGAUGGCAUUCUGCAAAGGAAGAAACGCGGUUAUGAAGAACCAUACUGGUUUGAUUUUGUGCUUUUUUUGGUGCCGCGUUGAAGUGAAACUACGGGCCUGAGGAAAACUUUCCAUCCUACAGCGCGGACACGUUAUUAUUGAACAUGGCUUUGACGUCUGGCUCCGUCAUGUUUUUUCUUGACUCAAAAAAAGUCUAACGGGCAUAAAUUCGAGCGAGGCUCGUUAACCGAGAAGAGCAGAGGGCGGAAAGACAACGCUGUAGCAUUAGUUAGGAGCGUAAAAAUAAGUUUGUCGGUGUGUUUGGGUCGGUGUCGUGUAGGCUAACGCGCUUCAGUUUACCUCAGUAUUUUUGUCGCGUGCCAGAUGUGCGCGAGACCGCGAUUAGCCUACAUGCUAAACCAACUGUCGUUUUUUUCUCUUUAAACCGUCGUCUGACUUAUUAUUAUUAUUAUUAUUAUUAUUAUUAUUAUUAUUUAUACACGUCGGUUUUGUUUAUUUUUUUAUAUUCUUUGUCUUCCAGUCCAGUUUAAGAGAGGGUCUUGAGGAUUCUUGUUUUUUUUUUUUUUUUUUAAUUUAUUUAUUUGUUUUUGUUUUUUUAGAAAGCGGGAAUAUUAACGGCUGAUACACGGAGUGUGAGUUCAGGAAAGGACGCGGCUCCUGGGUGGGAAACAAGGCCCCUCUGCCUUCAACCCCAGCAGCUAUGGCUAAAACAGUCUCAGCCUUGGAUACCAGAGAAACAGGCAGUCAGAAAUGCCUCCAUGUUCAGCUUGUGCUCGGCUUUUUACUGCGCUGUUCUGUUUAAAACCCCGCCGUCACCACGGAGACGUGAUACGUGAUCAGGUCGGCUAACGUUUCUUCAAUAAACUUAAAGGGAAAAAAAAACAUUUAUACGAUUCUACUUAGAUAUUCUCUCCAAAAUCCGUUUUUCUUCCAGCAAUGCAACAAAUUACAACCUAUUUUACAUCCAAACUGAGAUAAACGUUAAAUAUGAGAAAGGACAUGAAUUUUACGGCGUUUCACACGGAAAGUGGAACGUGAAAUUCCGAUAUACGUUGACCGGAAUACACUGACAACCGGAUCAAAUAAGAAAGGACAGAUUAAAAAGGGGUUUUUUUUGACAUUUUGAUCGUAUGGAUUUAACACUCGGACGAUGUGUUUUGAUGCGAAGGCCAGAGUGGAUUCACGGCGCUCGAGCUUUGCGGAGGAAAAGUGCACGCGAAGUGUCUCAGCGCCACCGAGCCUGAUGGGAUCCGAGUGCUGACGUCAUCCACGCUUGGAUAAUGGACUGCUCAAGAGUCUGAGACGGUCCAUCUCACACACACACACACACACACACGAGAGAGAGAGAGAACGAGCACGGAAAGACGUCUGCUCUUUGGCUAAAUUUGCUCAGAUAAUUUUGGAUCUGUUUUCCUUUUCAUCGUCAUUAGAGCCCUUUUCCCACCCACCUUCUCUUUCGUUUUUUCUUUUUUUUUUGGAUUAUGUGACAGCUUUGUCAGCGAGCACUUGUUGUCAUGGCAUCCCCACAACAGCAGCAUCAGCAGCAGCGGUCAGUGAAAAAUACAGAGGUUAGUUGUGACAGCGGAGGAGGAGGUGUGAAUGUCCACAUUAGCAACGCUCACUUGCAGAAGCGGGUUUCCGUGGAACAAGAGCCUUCGAGCUGGGGCGAAAGCAUUAGCGAGCAGGGCCCGACAGGAAGUGCCAAGCCCUCCAAAUACAGCAUCUCAUCCAGCUGCAGCUCGGGCGAGUCCGGGAUACCCAGGACGGUGAUGAGCAGCCUGCGUGGACACCGGAUGGUUCCGCAGCUCUUUGAGAGGUCAGCGGCGCAGUGCUGGGACCCCAAGUUUGACUCCGCCACACUAGAGGAGGCUUGCAGGGAGCGGUGCUUCCCACAAACGCAGCGGCGUUUCCGAUAUGUGCUUUUUUACUUGGCCAUAGUCGCACUGCUCUGGGGCUUGUACUUUGGAGUCAACGGUUCCAGAUGCGAGGCUGCUAGCUUCUUGCUUCCAACAGCAAUCUUUUUCAUCCUGUGUCUCCUCCUCCUCCUGUUCACCUUCUCACGGCCCUACAUGUGGCUUUAUAACCAGGCCUCCCUGCUUCUCAUUGUCAUCACCAUUUGUAUCACUCUGGCACCGCAAAUGCAGGCUUCUGGUUUCGCUCACUUUGAGUGGCAGAGAGGAGACAAUCGGACGCUACUUGAGCAUUCUCGGGUAGCUCCAUGUAUCUCUCCUGUAGGGACAUUUUCUCUGUGCAUGGAAGUGCUGCUGUUGCUCUACAGCAUGCUCCAUCUGCGCCUUUAUGCCUCAGUGCUACUAGGGCUCCUGUACUCUGUACUUUUUGAGACGCUUGGGUGGCUACACCUGGCCCAGGUGGAUAGUCAAGACAUGGGAAAGUGGUCUGACGGUGAAGCUCAGAGGUCGAGCAAAGAAGCGUCUUUGCUGUGGUUAGCACCUGGAAAAGUACUUCUUCACCUGUGUGCUCAUGCAAUUGGCAUACAUCUAUUCAUCAUGUCAGAGGUGCGUUCACGGAGCACCUUCCUGAAAGUGGGACAGGCUAUCAUGCAUGGGAAGGAGCUGGAGGUGGAGAAGGCACUGAAGGAGCGCAUGAUCCACUCUGUCAUGCCAAGCCGGGUGGCCGAUGAGCUGCUGAAGCAGGGUGAUGAGGAGAGUGAGAGCUCCGGCAAGCGAUACAGUGCCGGGACUUGCUCGGCUUCGGUGUCUGGUGCCGGUGCCUCGUCCUCCAGCCCCAAGAGCAACAAGCGCAAGAAGACUUCAAUCCCGCGUGGCCAGAUCAUCUUCCGGCCCUUCAACAUGAAGCGUAUGGAGCCUGUUAGUAUCCUUUUCGCUGACAUUGUAGGCUUCACGAAGAUGAGUGCAAACAAAUCUGCGCCUGCCCUGGUGGGUCUGCUGAACGAUCUGUUUGGUCGUUUUGACCGGCUUUGUGAGCUGACUUGCUGCGAGAAGAUCAGCACGCUGGGAGACUGCUAUUACUGUGUGGCAGGAUGUCCUGAGCCACGCGAGGACCAUGCCUACUGCUGUGUGGAGAUGGGACUCGGUAUGAUCCAGGCCAUUGAACAAUUUUGCCAGGAGACGACAGAGACGGUGGACAUGCGUGUAGGGGUGCACACGGGCACUGUUCUCUGUGGCAUCCUGGGAAUGGAGCGCUUUAAAUUUGAUGUCUGGUCCAAUGAUGUUAACCUGGCUAACCUCAUGGAGCAGCUCGGUGUGGCUGGAAAGGUUCACCUGUCCGAGGUUACGGCAAGCUUUCUCGACGACCGCUACGAGAGAGAGGAUGGCAGAGUGACGGAACGUGCCGGACAGAGCGUCACCGAUCAAAUGAAAGGCUUAAAGACAUAUCUAAUCUCUGGGAAGAAGAUGGGUUCACAAUGCGGCUGUUCUCAGAACAGUCUGGGACGAGACUACACUGAAACACCAAGACCCUCCCCCCACACACAUACUUCUGAACUCUCACACACUGCUAUGGCUGACCACACUAAGACUCCCUUCGUGUCAUGUACUGUAGUAGUGGAGAGCCCUGGGAAUUUACUGGCUGAUGAGACAACUCAAAAUGGCUGCCAGGAUGAAUACAAAGCCAACAGCAGCAAGUUCCCAAAAGCAGUAAACGGACUUCUCAGCCCGCUGUGCGAGGAGGCUGUCCGAGCGAGCCAGGCAUCCCUGUGCGAGAUGCUCCAGAAGGAGAGGAGUCUUGGGACGGGGUCAACAGGAGGAGCUGGGACCGGAGGGGGUGGAGCCAUGGACCACUCUGCUUUAAUUCCGCUCCGCAGCAAAGGGUUCAGAGAGAAGAGCGACGUGCACUUUGUGGAAGUCAUUAAGGAGGACAGCUUGAUGAAGGAUUAUUUCUUUAAGCCGCCAAUCAACAAACUGAGUCUGAACUUCCUAGAGAAAUCCUUGGAGUCUGCUUAUCGUAAAAACUACCAGCAGGAGGUGAUAAGCCACACCCCUGUACAGACGUUUGCCAGUCCAGUGUUUAGCUCUCUGCUGGACGUGUUACUGUCAUGUGCUGUCUUCUUCGCCCUCACUCUCGCCUGCUUCCUGUACUCGAUGGUUACCAGGGAGAUGCCUCUUGCCACCACGAUUGGCCUGGCGGUGACCGCCGCUGUGCUUGAGCUUGUUUCUCUCAUUUUGUCCAUUCGUAUGACCUUUUACCUGGACAAUGUUUUAAGCUGUACUCAGUCACUCCUGAAGCUUGUGUCAGGCUGGGUGCCCCGUCAUGUGGUCGGUGCUGUACUGGUGUCACUUCCUGCCAUCUCAGUUUUCUCACACCUGGCCUGUAGCCUCCACCUGCCCAUUCAGGUAACGAUGUUCCUGUGCAGUGCCAUCAUCAUUUCUAUUAUCCAGUACUGUAAUUUCUGCCAGCUGAGUUUCUGGAUGCGCUCAGUUCUGGCCACGGCCACUGGAGUGUCUCUGCUAGCUGUACUUUACAGUGCUCUCAACAGGCCAAGCACCAGCAUUGGCUUUCCAGUUACAGGGAACUUGAGUAACAACAGUUUUGACACGACUUGGCCAAGUAAAUUGAAUCCUACAGCUCUAGACCUCUUGGUUCCAGAGGCGCUCUUGUCGUUCUUCCUCCUGCUUCUCCUUGUGUGGUUCCUCAAUCGUGAGUUUGAAGUCAGUUACCGUCUGCACUACCAUGGCAACGUUGAGGCUGACAAGCACCGCAUAAAGAUCCAGAACAUGCGCGACCAGGCCGACUGGCUGCUGCGCAACAUCAUCCCCAUCCACGUGGCCGAACAGCUGAAAGUAACACAGAGCUACUCCAAGGACCACGAUAACGUUGGCGUGAUCUUUGCCAGCAUUGUGAAUUUCAGUGAGUUCUACGAGGAGAGCUUUGAGGGUGGUAAAGAGUGUUACCGUGUGCUGAACGAGCUCAUCGGUGACUUUGAUGAGUUGCUGCGUAAACAGGCAUUCUCCAGCGUGGAGAAGAUCAAGACCAUCGGUGCAACCUACAUGGCAGCGUCCGGGCUUAAUGGUCGGCAGUGCCGCAAUCAGAUGCACCCACACGCUCACCUACGUGCCCUUUUUGAAUUUGCGUUGGAGAUGAUGCGCGUAGUGGAUGACUUCAACAAAAACAUGCUCGGCUUCCAGUUCAAGCUGCGCAUUGGCUUUAAUCAUGGAGCUUUGACUGCCGGCGUCAUUGGCACCACCAAGCUGCUAUACGACAUCUGGGGCGAUACAGUGAACAUUGCCAGCCGAAUGGACAGUACUGGUGUUGAGUGCCGAAUUCAGGUGAGUGAAGAGAGCCAUGUUGUGCUUAGUGCAAUGGAGUACAACUUUGAUUACCGUGGCACAGUUAAUGUCAAAGGGAAGGGGCAGAUGAGGACCUAUCUUUACCCCAAACUUAACGAGAACGGGUCCAAACAAUCCUCAGAGCCCAUGAGCAAGGAAGAGAAUACCAACAAAUUGCCCAACAAGGCACUCACCAUUGCACCCAAUUCAACACCCACAUCAUCAUCAUCUGUGGCCAAUCACAGUUGUUCCUCUUCUAUCCUUGGUGCCUGUCAAAACAGCUGCGGGGUGUCACAGGGACCUAGUGUAGACCCGUCUAAAUUGUCUGAAGAAUGGCACAAAGACACUUUCAGAGACCCUUUGCUCACAGGCAAGUCUUCGGAGAGUUCUCCUCCUGCACCAACAUUUGGUGGCACACAGCCACCGUCAAUAGCACAUAUUAGCACUCCGCUAGCCAGACGAGAUACACCUUUACAAGUUGCGGAAGAGGUGGAGGAAGAAGAAGAGGCAAAUGAAUGCUCAAGGCUCAGAGUGGGAGAGAGGCUUUAAUCUGCCCCUGACGCUGCUGAUCUUCACUGUCUAUCUGCCUCAUUUCUUUGUUUUUUGGGGCAUGAGGGUAUAUAUAUUUCACCGAGGUUCACCUCCUGAGGUGCCUUAAUAAUCAACAUUAGAUGUAAGAGACCAAGCUGUUUGGGCUUCUGCUUAAAGAACUCUAUAACAUAAAGGUUAUAGUGAGGAAGGUUUUUUAGAGGGGGCGAUUCUGUGUGGAUCACAGUCUGGCACAAAAUGAAAGACAAGAAAAAGUUUAGCGGCGGGUUUUUACGUUUCCAAGGUUCUUAUUCUUUCAGUGGCGUGCUUUUUUUUGUUUGUUUGUUUGUUUGUUAAAGUGCCUUUGGUAAAGAUAAAUACGCGCACAUGAUCAGAUGCCGUGAACAAAUCGGAGAUGAUGGAACAAUGCUAGCAUGCCGUUUUUAAAGACUUUAUAUGACAACGGACAAUUCUGUGGUUUUUCGAUUUAUUUUCCUAAUACAGUUUUGUUAAUAUAUUUCAUUUAUUUUUUGCUGUACUUGUUUCUUAAUUUCAGAAUAUUGACAUGUGAGCUUAAGGAUAAAAAAGUGCCAGUGGCCAGAAAAUAAGCAAAAGUAUUGAAUCAUAGAUCAGGGGAAUUUAAUUUUAUUAGGUUAGAUUGUUGCUCUUUCUUUUACAAAAAGUUGUAUGGAGUGUAAAAUUUCAAACUCUUAUUUUUUGUUGCUAGGAGCAAGUCAGCACAGCUGUUGAACCAAGUUUGCAGAAUGCACAUGAAACAAAUUUGAGGUGUUGAGGUUACUGUCUGCUGUCUAACAAUAAUCAUAGAGAUCCCAAUGGAUAGAGUUUGUGGGUUACAGCUCUGUUCAUAGGGCCUGUGCUAGUGUUGAGAUAAUUGCUAGUAAGGGAAUAUAAGUAUCGCACAAUGCAACAGUACCUGAAAUACAGCCAAACGUUUUCUAAAUGGUAUGUGCUGAUGAAAAUUUAAAUAUUCCUAUCACACUUUGCAAUAAUAUUUCCAUACUGUUUUUCAGUUCACUACAAAAAAACAGGAGCACCAGUUCCUUUUUUUUUUUAAACGUUAAAAAAUCUAAUUUUGUCACAUAUACCGAUCAGAGAAUAUACAUUAAUUAAGCAGUAAGUAUAUUAAGUCAAGUAAAUCCGGAGUGGUCCAGCUGUUUCACAUUGAUAUGAAGAGAUUUCAAUUAAAAUAUUUCAAUUACAAUUGGUCAAGUUUUCAAAAGAUGUUAGGAAAAUCACUGGGCCUCAUUUGUCUUUUUUUUUGUGUGUGUAAACUUGUUUGUAAAUAUUUUUCUAGGCCAAACCGAACAAAAUGAACGUUGAAAAGGCAAAAAAAAAGGGUGAAAGUAUGCAUCUUAAAUACGGCGGUGCACUGACUACCAUAGACUACACAUUAACACUCCCCCUCCUUUUAUAUAUAUAAAUACAUGGUGCCAUUACUUUUGCCCUAAUUGCGUACAUUUUUGUUGGGUACAAAAUGUUUUCGAACAUUGUGUGAUCCCGCAAAUGAUCUACAAAUUAAUUCGUUUGUUUUCAGUUUUAUAAGCGAGGGAUGUAAUGGUGCGAUUUCUUUUUUUAAUUUUAUUUAUUUAUUUUUUGCCUACAUGAAACCGUAUUUUAGCACCUGCAUACCUUUUUGUAUCUCAUUCACACAAUGGAGUGCAGACAUAUUUUUGUUAUUACCCUUUCAGUGACUUCUCCACGUUUCGGCGGAGUUUCCCAUAGCCUUACACUUUACACUGUGCAGUGCUUUGCAGCAAUACAGUAAAAACCUCGAAUUCAUGACCUUUCAGCCCAACAGCACAAAAUAUCAUUUAAGAGAAUACAGUUAAGGAAUCAUAAGGGAUAUUUUUUUUAAACAGUGAAGCAUUUAGCCCAGUUAUUACUGUGAAUGAUUUGUAUUUGUUCUCAGAAGAAUUUUCUAUCCAUUGUUUUUGUUAAUCUUUCUGAAGUAGGUCAAAAGUAUUCUCUGAAACACUUCAGAUGAUGACAAAACGCUUUGUCAGAUAUAGGACGUGUGCUGUACAAUAUGAAUGGGAUUGAUUUCUUGGAUUGUGCCAGUAGCUUUUGGUGUCCGCACUCUCCCGUGGCCUUGGGUGGAACCUUUCUGCUGUAUCUGUGUGUUUCCAGUCGUGCCAUGUUAUUAAACGUUGCUCUCUUUGGUGGAGUUAAUUUUUUUUUUUUUUUUGUAGUGCCUUUUGUUUUUCUUUUCCUUUUUUUUCCCCCCUCAGAGUGUGAGAAAGCAAUGCUAUUCUCUUCAAGUCUCUCUCUUUUUUUUUUCCAAACAGAUCUUGCUGUAGUCUUUCGGCCUCCCAAACAUCCCCGCGAUCUACGAGGGAAUUUUAAUGGCAUUACAUUUCAAUGAUGUAGCAGAUUUAAGAGCCGAGGAAGUCAUGUAUCUGUGCCGAUUGUUCGUUCUUUAUCACAGCUUCUUACUGGUGAACAAGAAUCCUGUCCAAGCUUGAGAUGUUGAAAGUCGAAGGACUUGCUCAAGGGCUAAUUGUGAGGGUUAGGGUAAGAAGGGUUCUGCUAUAAAUCCGCUAGUCUGGAAACAGGAACGUACGAAUUUGAUUGCUGCCGAGAACCCAGUCGCUAACCAUGAUUUGAAAAUUGUGAAAAAUGUGACAAAUGCACAGGGACACAGAAGAUUAUUUGUAAAUUAUUCAUUUAAAUUACGAAUAAAAAACAAUGCGUAUCUGUGAGGCGAGUUACAAUUUAGUUCCCGUUCACACUUGUUAGAGUAGCUGUAAACACGUUCCAUCACUUUCUCGUGUGAAAAGAAACGCUUUCAUAAAUGUCUCCUUACAGAACACCACUUCGCUAUACCAGUAAUUAUAUAUUUUUACACCUUUGUUAAGUGAAAGCAGUGUCUAAACCUCUAGCAAUCUCGCUUCACGUCUCCAAUCAGUGGUCCUUAUGGAGUUGAGGGUGUUCCUCGGUCCAGCAGCAGAUCCAUGUUGGGGGAAAAAGUGAUGCUUGUUAACUUUAGCUCUCUGGCAGUCCUGGGCUUUGAACCCAUAGCCUUUUGGUGACGAGCACUGCAUUAUGACAGUAAACUCACUAUAUUUGCUGCUCACUUGAUGCAAAAGGUCCUGAGAAUUUCCCGUUUUUUUUUUCUUCUUCAGAAAAACAAUCCAGUGCCUUUUUUCUUUUUUCCUCUAGCACUUUCUUAUAAAUGAAACAAAUCAUCUCCUGUAUCACAAGACCUUUUAUUUCAUGUUUAUAUUCCAGCUACAUGGAAAAGAAAAAAAAACCAUCAACACUGUGUAACUCGAUAUGGAAAUAAUUCGGGAUGGAUAAGGGAUUGUUUUUUUUUUUUUUUUUUUUGAUUUGUUGUAUGGUGCACUGCUUUUUGAUCACGCCACACUCAAGUCUGAGUCACUGCAGAUGUUAUGUAUCACACCAUCAGCAAGGAAAUGUAUAAAAAAAUUAAAAAAGGGGGAAAAAAAUGCAAGCUGACAGUAUUUAAACUUAAUUACUUACUCAUGCCUAGCUAUGUGUGUUAGAUUUUUAUUUAUAUAUUUUUUUGAAGUACCAAAAUAUGAUUUUUUUUUUUUUAUGUUGAAUUGAGAUGAGUGAGACACUUUAGAAUGUUUGGGGUGCCUUUUUUUUUUUUACUCCAGUUCUCCACUACCCAUGAGGACUUGCUACAGAUCCAAUAGCCUGUUGAGAGUAAAGGGAAUAGACUUGAGGUUGUGUCUCAAUACUGGUUUUAUCACACUGCAGGAAUCCACUCUUUUUAGAUUUUGAAAAGCAGUCACUCAGAGUACAGGUUAUAAACAAACAUGCCUACGAUUGCAACUUCAAAUGCUAGGCUACUUCCUCUGUCUGAGUUCGAUGCUAAUGUGGAGAGACGACAUAUGUGUUAAAGAGCUUUAUUGUUUUUGGUUCUGUGACUUGACGUCUAUUUCUUUUAAAAGAUAAGUGAAAUUAUAUAAGAAAUUAUGUUUUUCUGUCAUUUUGAGGCCCAAGGGCUUUUAUUCCAGCUCGAUUCUUAAUGACGAGACGGUCAAUUUUACAUGCUAACAAAAAUAUGCUGUCACACUUUAUUUGAAUGAACACCGUGGCUUUUUCUUAUUGGCACACUACGGUCAGCUAUGAAAGUUGAGCUUUGUAGAAAACUGCAUUACCGUGUGGUAAUUAUGACAUCAUAAUUGCUUUUUUAACUAGAUAAAGACAAAUUCAGAAACUGUAUUGGAGCACAGCAUUCGUAUAAAAUUGUAAUUGUAACUUUUAAGAUGAGAUAAAGCUAGUAUGCUAGCCAGGAAACCAGCUAGCAAACCAAGUUAGAAAAUAUUUCUAUAAACUAACGAGUUCUGCAAGUUUUUUGAUGGUUGUUGAAGCCCUGAGGCACAAAUUCAACAUGAAUUUUUUUACUUUGUUUAAUCCGGAGAGGAGAGAUGUGUAGAAAAGUCGUGCCUUUAUGCUGGGAGCUGAUUAAAUAUCUUAAAUGAUGAAUUUAUGUGCAAAAAAAAUAUGAAUUUGGUUUUUGUGGGGUACCAAAGGUGAAAUAAAUGUGCCAUCAAAUCUACCUUUUUAAAUGAGUAUUAUAUAUUUGCCAUAUGGGAGGAGGUUUUUAUGUGAACCAAAGAGAUCUGAAAUUUAUUUUGCCUUUUUUUGUGUGUGUGUAGUAUGUCACAUGCUUGACUAUGAUUUUAUUAUUAUUUUUCUGUGCACAUUAUACAUUUAAUCCCUACAUGAGCAUAAUCUGUAUACAUUUGCACAAUUCACUUUGUAUGUACAUAUCCAUAUGUAUUUUUUUUUAUUUCAAGAUUGAAAGUAUAUGUGCAUGUGCCAGAUUUGGAGAGCAGGAAAAAAAAACAAUGAAAAAAAAAGGCUAUUGUCACUGGUG